UAAAUAAUUACAAAAUUUAAAGCACAAAACUUUAUUACUCAAUGGUCGGGAACAAUAAUUUGAUUUUGACAAGGAAGCCAUCAAAUAACAAGUCUGAGGCGGUUCCCGUUAAAGAGCGCACGUUUACGGACUUAAACUGGGCUGUAUGCAGCAGUACUAGUGAAAGGUGUGCAGAAGGAAAAGAACAUCCAACAGGCUCAAAAUAACUCAAUGAGAACGGACACUAACUGAAGGAGCAUGAACGACUCGUCACGCCAUCACUUCAGCAUGAAACACAUGGACUACAUGUAUAAUAUUGACAAUAACAUAACUUUGAACGCAACGCUCGGCGACAUGAAUGGCACAGGAAUCGCCCAAAUCAUGAUCCCUCAGGAGUUGUUUCUCAUGCUCGGCUUGAUCAGUUUGGUUGAAAACAUCUUGGUGGUGGUGGCCAUCAUCAAGAACAGGAAUCUUCACUCGCCAAUGUAUUAUUUUAUCUGCUGUCUGGCGGUGUCGGACAUGCUGGUGAGCGUCAGUAAUGUGGUGGAGACGCUCUUCAUGUUAUUGAUGGAGCAUGGGCUGCUGCUCGUCACGGCAAAGAUGUUACAGCACUUAGACAAUGUGAUCGACAUUAUGAUAUGCAGUUCUGUCGUUUCCUCGUUGUCGUUCCUGUGCACUAUUGCGGCGGACCGCUAUAUCACCAUCUUUUACGCGCUCCGGUACCACAGCAUCAUGACCACGCAGCGUGCCGUGGCCAUCAUCGCGGUGGUGUGGCUCACCAGCAUCACCUCGAGCUCUGUUUUUAUCGUUUAUCACACUUACAACGCUGUCGUCGCCUGUCUCGUCACGUUUUUUGGCGUGACGUUGGUGUUCACGGCGGUUCUGUACCUGCACAUGUUCAUCUUGGCGCACGUCCACUCCAGACGCAUCAUGGCUCUCCAUAAGAGUCGCCGGCAAGGCACUAGCAUGAAGGGAGCCAUCACUCUGACUAUCCUGCUCGGGGUUUUCGUCAUCUGUUGGGGGCCGUUCUUUCUCCACCUCAUCCUCAUCCUUACCUGUCCCACAAACCCUCACUGCAAGUGUUAUUUCAGUCAUUUCAACCUGUUUCUAAUUCUUAUCAUAUGCAACUCGCUUAUAGACCCUCUCAUUUACACAUAUCGCAGUCAGGAGCUGCGCAAGACGCUCAAAGAAAUUAUUUCUUGUUCGUGGUUCUUUGCAAUGUGAGUUAUUCCUUCUAGACGUUUGUAAGAAACACGUGGAGGAGCAUCUGCGUUGAUGUCCAAUUAUUCAGUCUCAUUCUCAGCAAAUAGCGUCCUCAAUGACUCUCUGUCUCUUCAACUUUACAGUAAAUACACUCAGAUACUGCUGAUUGAGAGAACUAGAUUUGAUUAACUUUUA